CUGUGAUGCUGACGUCAUCACGUUCCUACAGCUGCGUCUUCACGCGGAAUUCUCUGUUUCGCUCCACUGAUGUCUCGGAUUGGGGCGCGUGUGUCACGUGAUCUGACCUGUGCUGUUGCACAGCUCUGCGUUUCCAUGAACUCCUCCAAAUUGUUUCGGUUGGAAACAGAAAAAAAUCCUCCCCGCUGCUUUAUUGCGCAGAAAUUGGCCCCCGAGCGCCUCUGAGAGGAAUCGGUAAACCCACGGGCCCGCAGGGGGUCUGCGGGAUUUAUUUCCCCAUUCUUUCACGGGCCUCUUCUCGGUCCCUCGGGAGGCCGCGAGCCAAUGAAAACGGCCCCCAGGGACGUCACGGGGCCAAGAGGACGAUCUGAUUGGUGGGAGUUGGGAGGGGGGACAGCCUCUGCCCUUUUAUAGAGGACACAGUCCGGCGCGUAAAAAACUGAUGGACAAAGUUGACAGCGCAAAGACGCACGUUGGAGACGGGACACCCUCUUAAUCCUCUGCACGGGCCACAAGACGGUGCGUGGGCCCCCCCGCAUCAUGAUGAAUCCUGCGCCGGCACGAGACGUGGAGCAGCUUCAUCAGACGGAGGAGACGCGCACCGACGGCGACGACUUCCAACCCAAAGACAUGACAACCGACAGAGGAUACAAACUCCCGCGGAGCCUUCCGUUCAGCGUGGAGUCGCUCAUUUCCAGAAGCACCUGUCGGACUUCUUUCCCGCCCUCAGGUUCCGCCGCGGCGCCGCCGAAGCUCGCGGCCGGACAGGGCGCGCGCUUCUCUCCAAGAACUUUUUACGCGGACAGCAGAGUUCCCGCGGAGAGCUCCGAGGAGGACAGUCCGCACCCGGUGUCCUCCUUCUCUACUCCUCCUCGAAGCUCCAGUCCAGCUCAGUGUACUCUGAGGAAGCACAAAAACAACCGGAAGCCUCGCACGCCCUUCACUACCUCGCAGCUGCUGGCGCUGGAGCGCAAGUUCCGCCAGAAGCAGUACCUGUCCAUCGCCGAGAGAGCGGAGUUCUCCAGCUCGCUCAGCCUGACGGAGACUCAGGUGAAGAUCUGGUUCCAGAACAGAAGAGCCAAAGCCAAGAGACUGCAGGAGGCCGAGCUGGAAAAGUUCAAGCUGGCCUCCAAGCCCGUCCUGCCCGCCUUCGCGCUGCCUUUCCCCUUAGGAGCGCACGUGGGAGCUCCCACCUGGGGCCCCUCAAAUGCCUUACCGAGGCCAAGCCUGCCGGUCCCGGGACUCUUUAGCGGGCCUGUCACCUAUGGGAUGUACUAUCUGUCUUAGAAUUCCUGCCUUUUGAUCUGGUUGCAAUAACGCUUUGGGGGAAUAAAUAAUGCGUAUUUGAGCGCGCAUGGAGGGCAGAAAUACUUUCAAUAUUUUCUCGGUUUUCCGCUUUAGUCGACUGUUCUUCGUGAGCUCGGUUUGGGAACGGCAGCUGGACAUUCCAGGCCGCCCAGCGCGCAUCUGUCCUCGGACAGCAGAAAAAACGGUCCUGAGCUGCAGCGGGCCGCCCGCCACUUGAGGGGUUUGAUGUCAGCCUUGCUUGUUUGGGAUGAAACUGCAGCUCCUCGGCACUGCUGUGUUUCCUCACAGUGCUCCUUAUAAUUUAAUGUAAACGUUUUUUUACAUUUGGAACUGAUCUUUCAUGGAGAAGUAAGUGGAAACUCACGAAGUGGCCUUUGCGGGAGUCUGUGGAGCUUCAGUGUAAAUAAAAUGUAGAGCUCUGAACUCGCCGAAGAGCAGGGAAGUGAUAUUUAUUGAAUAUCUUUGUAUCUGUACUGUGUACACACAUCUCAGUUCAGUUAUUGCAAGAACUGGUUUCAGUAAAUAAAAGUACAACCAUGGAAAUGAACGUUUGAGUUGGUUUUACGGCAGCGUUUGUGGCACAAAAAGAAUAAAUGUUGACUUUUUAAAAUCUACUGAUCAUCACUUCUGCGCAAAGGUCUUCAUUUGAUUAUCUAGGUGUCCUUUAACAGUAAAGCAGACUCCGGGGAAGCACAGAAAACUCCGCGCAUCCAGAAGAAAAAAACAUGUUUUUGACUUUUAUGAUGCUUUUAAGUUCUGGGAGUUAAUAAAAAAAAGAGGGAGGACUUUCUGCGUCAGACAUUUCCAUUCGGAGAAACGUCCCGCAGACCUGCACUUCCACAGACAGGCGGCUUCGUGCGUGCGCUCAGACCGCGUGCGCGCCGCAAACCUGUCAUUUCCAGCAGAAACGCAUUUUGGCUCUUUUGAAAUUAUUUGUCAAAAGUGAUGCAAUACGUCAAACGCUGUGAAAAUGUCUGGAAUGUGCAAACGGCGAUCAUUUCUGUGAAAUUAUGAAAAAAGCAGGUCAAGGAAAAUACUGACAGAUUGAUUCAAAAGCGCCGUUUUUGUCACACAAGCAAAGUUUUGGUGGACUGUUUUACGGGUUUCUGCUCAAACUAAACUGUGAAAUGUGUCUGUUCAUUAAAUGUAUUGUAGUAUUUUUAUUUUUAAGCAUUCUAGUUGAAUGAUUUCGUCACUCUGUUUCAUCCUGCAGGCUUUAUUAUGAAGUGAUUUUUAUGCCACCAAUUUGCAAACGAUAAUAAUAAAUUCAAAAAUAUGA